AUGCCGGCCGAUUACGAAAGACGCGAUGCCACGGAAGAUGAAAUAAACGAAUUACCACAUGUCGCCGACUCCAUACCAUCCAAUGUCUGGAUCGCUCUUGUGGUCAGCGGUGCAGAGCGGUUCCUAUUUUAUGCCGCGACAACUCCCUGGCAGAAUUAUGCGCAGUAUGAUCACGAGAAUACCUCGAUUCCGGGUGCACUAGGUCUCGGUGAGGCGAUGGCUUCAAAUAUCUCAAGUGCUUUCUACGCCUUUACAUUCUUGACGUCUGUAGCAUUUGCUGUUCUUUCAGAUGCCUGGCUGGGACGAUAUAUAACCUUAUGUCUUAGCUUUUGCCUUGACUUCUGUGGCUGUUUGAUCCUUUUUGUGACGUCUCUUCCGGCAGUAACAGAUGGCUCGGUCAAACUAGUCGGGUUUAUACUAGCGAUAGUCUUAACAGGACUCGGGACAGGAGGCGUCAAAGCUACCAUCGCACCCUUUAUCGGGGAUCAAUAUCCAAAUGUAGCCCCGCAACUAAUUAUCACAAAAAAGGGUGAGCGAGUUGUGACGGAUCGAACGCUUACAAUGCAGUAUAUCUAUAAUGUUUUCUAUUGGUUCACAAGCAUUGCAACGCUGUCUCUCAUUGCUUCAACCUACCUGGAGAAGAAAAUAGGAUACUGGGCAGCUUACCUUAUGCCGCUUUGUGCAUUCGCUGUUGUGAUACCUCUGUUAGUUCUGUGGUAUAAGCCAUUAGUGAAGCUGCCACCACAAGGGAGUGUCAUUCCACAUUUCGCAAAGGUCAUAUGGUUCUCAGCUCGGGACCGGUUCAGGCUGGAUGCGGCCAAACCAAGCUACCAAGCCGAGAAAUACCACCGAGAAGUCGACUGGGAUGAUUUAUUUGUGUUUGAGAUCAAACGUGGUCUUAGUGCUUGUAAAGUCAUGGCAUGUUUUAUCCCAUACCACUUAUGCAACAAUCAGAGUGUCAAUAACCUGAUUACCCAAGCUGGCGAGAUGCGUCUGAACGGGGUCCCAAAUGAUGCAAUCAAGGCCAUCAAUCCUGUCUUUUGUGUAAUACUGGGUCCAGUUCUUCAGAGAUUUCUGUAUCCGGGACUCCGAAAGGCCGGGAUCCCGUUUGGCCCAAUUGCACGGAUGACUUGGGCAUUCAUCACAAUGAGCGGAUCAAUGGCCUUUGCUGCCGGAGCCCAGAAGUUGAUUUAUUCCCGGGCUCCGUGUUACGAUGAACCUCUUGUUUGUGGAGCUUCAGAUGGUGGCAGGAUAGGGAAUGGCAUUAGUGUUUGGGUGCAGAUACCGUCUUUCUUCUUUUUGGGGCUUGCCGAGAUUCUGGGAUUCACCACGCUUGCUGAGUACAGUUAUUCCGAAGCACCAACGAAUAUGCGGACUUUGGUUCAAUCGUUGGUACAGGUGAGUUCGGGCAUAGACUCUGCCCUUGGCAUAGCUGUCUCUCCGCUUUCCAAGGAUCCAAUGGUCCUAUAUCUCUACACGGGAUUGGCAGUGACAAUGAUUGUUGUGGCGCCAGUCUUUUGGGUGGUGUUUCAUAGACACGACAGAAAUCGCCAGUGA